ACAUAUGCACACACGGAGUGGACUGUGAUUCAGUGAUAAAGCACUUUCCUUCUUCACGUGAUAAAGUGAAGGGAAGCAAAGGUUAAUAACCAGUCAGGUGCACAGGGAUAUGCUUGCACCAAAGGGUCGGAGAUACUAAGGCUGCAGUCCCUGAAGAAAACUGUUUGCUCACAGAACAGGGAAAAAUCUGAGGCCAGGAGAACUGUCGUGGGCAGUAGAUCAGAGAUCCAAGAGAACCACGUGAGAGGCAGUGACUGAAAACAAAAAGAAGCUAAAGGACAUUUGGGAGGAACACAUCGAUUUUUAACAGGAUCACGUCUGCAUUAAAUGGCUGAUAAACAGAUCAGUUUACCUGCCAAGCUGAUCAAUGGAGGGAUAGCUGGGCUGAUUGGGGUCACUUGUGUCUUUCCCAUUGACUUGGCGAAAACUCGCCUGCAGAACCAGCAAAAUGGCCAGCGGAUGUACACCAGCAUGUCUGACUGCCUCAUUAAGACAAUCCGGUCGGAAGGUUACUUCGGCAUGUACAGAGGGGCGGCGGUGAACCUGACUCUAGUGACGCCAGAAAAGGCCAUCAAGCUUGCGGCCAAUGACUUCUUCCGGUAUCAUCUUUCCAAAGAUGGGAAGAAGCUGACUCUGCUGAAGGAGAUGCUGGCCGGCUGCGGGGCAGGUACCUGCCAGGUGAUUGUCACCACUCCCAUGGAGAUGCUCAAAAUCCAGCUGCAGGAUGCAGGCCGAAUUGCGGCCCAGAAGAAGCUAAUGGCAGCCCAAGCCCAGCUUUCCUCCUCUACCAGUGCUGGAGCAGCAGAGUCGGUAGUGGAGACACGGGCCACGGCAACACAAAUCACCAGGGAGCUACUUCGGAGCAAAGGCAUCGCAGGGCUUUACAAGGGCCUCGGGGCCACGCUGCUAAGAGACGUUCCAUUUUCCAUCGUUUACUUCCCGUUGUUUGCGAACCUGAACAAGCUGGGCCAGAAGAGCCCUGACGUCAAGGCCCCAUUCUACGUGUCCUUCCUGUCUGGGUGCGCGGCGGGCAGCACGGCAGCAGUGGCUGUCAAUCCUUGUGACGUAAUCAAGACGAGGCUGCAGUCCUUGAAGAGGGGAGUGAAUGAGGACACGUACUCAGGAAUCCUAGACUGUACCAGGAAAAUCUGGCAGAAGGAAGGCCCUCUGGCCUUCCUGAAGGGGGCGUACUGCAGAGCUUUGGUCAUCGCCCCUCUCUUCGGCAUCGCUCAAGUCGUCUAUUUCAUAGGCAUCGCAGAAUUCCUCCUAGACAUGCUUCCAAAGCGCCGGGAUUAACCCUCGCGCACUCUCGCUGCUGGUCAGAAUUCGUCCUAGCGUUCGUUCGUUGCAUCCUUGAUGGUGUCAGAGCAACAGCACAAAUGGUUAAAGCAGCAACCUCGAGAGUGAAGUUUUGUCUCCAAACAAAAGCCCCUUCCGCCUCUCGAUCUGUCCCCACCCCAACCGGCCCACUAGGAUAAUAUUUAAUUAUGCAUAUCUAUUAUUUUUAAUUGUCAUUCGUAAGGACACUUGUUAGCACAGACUGGGCUCUCAGACUCUGGAUCUUCUCCUAGCAAGGAAACCGCCCACACCCUUUGAAUUACAAGGCAGUCAAGAAAGGAGCAAAAGAACCGGACUCUUUGUUCUCCCCGUCCCUUUUCUGGUGUUCCAGGCCUCUGGGAAAACAAGUCCCCAGCAUUCCUUCUAAAGGGGAACCCACGUUAUCACUAGAGGAGGCAAGUAGGUGCCAGAAUCAAAAAGUUUCUGUGAAAGGGAUGGUCCUGGACCGCCCCCCCCUCCAGCCGCAAAUGAAGCUGAACUUGGAUGAACUUCUUGGCAAUCAGAGGAAGUGAAGGGAUUUUUUUUUUUCUAAAUCAAAGGAACUUCCCUUUUAAAUGGGGGCCACAGGGCCUGCAUGGGGGGAAAACGUACACUGCACGUACUUGCAAUGCAUCUGCUCUGUAAGAGUAUGUCCUUGGGAUCAUGUGAAUAUCUUCAGAUACCUCGGUGUUUAGCUAUGAGCUACCGGUGGGAGCAGGGAGACUGAAAAGACAUGGGAUCAACUUUUUAUCGAUGCAAGAAAAACAAUCCAAUUACAUUCCUUACGUCAGUCAAGGUCUGAUGUGUCACGCAGUUGCUCGUCGGGAAUACUGGUUGUCUGUGUCUUUUGGCCUGUCUCUGAGAUGUGUCCCUCCCUGGGGUCCUAGCUAGUCUCAGAUUCAGGUCUUUUGGUUAAAGAUCUUGAUAGGCCACAUCCUUAGCUGGUGCAAAUGGUCAUUGAUCCAUUGAAAUCCAUGGGACAAGCCUAGUACACCCGUUGAGGAUCUGGCUCGAAAUACUUGGAGGCUGGUUUCCUUAUCCAGACCAAAAUUGGGAUGUGGAAAGGAAAUGAGGUCCAAGCAUCUGUUUUAUUUCCACAGGGACCUAAUUCCAUAUGACUUUCCCCUCAAAGUCCCUAUCUGGUUUUGCUGUGAUGUUUCUGUGAGGUUAGGGAGGAACUGUAUACGGAGAGGCAAUAGGACAGCAGUUGGAUCCAUGCUGGCAUGCAUCCAGCUGUGGGACUGAGGGCAAUAGCCAGACUUACUGCUUGCUUUGAGGAGCUGGUCGUUGACUGGAUGACAGGCUGCCAACACACACACAUUCUGUUUUAAAGGGACACUGUUAAGCUAAAACAAUGUUUUUAAAAGCCCCAAACCUCUUAUUUUCCUCUGUUACCAAAUAUCACUUUGGAUUGUCACAAGGGUGAGAACUGAAAAUCUGGCGUGCUUUAUUAUUACACUUCACUCUGCUUCAGCAUUUAAACUCAUCUGGUCAGUUUCAUUUUUUUGAUGAUAAUCUGCUUCACUUUUUGCUUCCCCAUCAUUUGCAUCCUGGUGAUGUUAGUGUUUCAGACACAGGAGGCAAAUAUUUAAUUUAAAAAACAGCUUCCACCUCACAUCCUGUAUAUUUCAAAACCAUUUUCUUUGUUAAACCUAAAUUGCAGGUGAGUUGUCCUGAUCCUGUACCUUUUAAUAUAAAGGAGCAUAUUACACA